AUGUCCUCCUCCUCCGCAGCCUCUUCAUCCUCGCGCGCGUCAUCUGAGGACCUCCCAGAACACCUGCCACUCGCCAAAGGCAACAAGUCUAAAGCUGCACAGAAAGCCAAGCAGGCAGACGCGGGCAGAAACGAAGGCGUCGAUGAAAACUGGGCAUACAAGCCUCCGCCCGGCGCCGUUUUACUGGACACGUCUGCUGACCUCGGCGAAUUUGACUGGGACGCGCUGAAUGCGGACGAGGACAACGAGCUGUGGCUGAUCCGGAUUCCAGACGGGGUGAAGCCGAAAUACUUAGAGAGCGCGGAGCUUCACGUGCCGAAGGAGGCGGGCAAGACGGCGAAGAUUGGGACAAUACCGCGGAAGCGGAUGGCGUACGAUGUGUGGACAUUGGGCGAGUCGGACGAGACUGAGCUGCCGGUGUGUGGGGAGGAAAUCAAGGGUGUCUCGUGUCUGCUGCCGCGAAGGAGCAAGAAGGGGCGGCUGUAUGCCGCCCCCAAAGCCAUAGCCCGUACCCUUGUGAUCGCUGCGCAAGAGGCGACACCGACAGGGAGUAUGCCCGUCUACCAGAACCCGCCACGGGAGAUGCACCCAAAGGAGUUGCUAAAACACUCAUUUGUACCGUAUGGUGCGGGCUUUGGCAAGAGGAAGACUGGUGAACAGGAGGAAGUGGAGCAACCAAAAGUAGUGGAGAAGAUCAGGUCGAAAAAGCGCAAGGGCGAUGAGGGUACUGAAACUCCCAAGAAAAAGAAAAAAACCAAGGCUUCAUGA